AUGCCGCCAAAACCAAGAGGACGGGGAGCUAGUCGCGCUCGCGGCAGCGCAAGAGGAGGAGCAGUAUCAGGGCGAGCCACGACUGGCGCGAGCGAAUCCACAGAUGCGACCCCGCAAAGCACAGCUACCGCCGAUGCCUCGGAAGCUGCUGCUGAGCCUGUGGUCCCCAAGCAAGAAGACGGCGACGCGAAACCCGUAGUUAGUGGUGAUGGCGCGUCGGAAGCCAUAGAGUCGCAAGCCUCUGAGGCGCCUUCAGCGACUGCAUCGGCUGUCGCAUCACCCCAACCUAGCGCAGAACCAUCCUCCCGCGCUCCAGUGCAAAGACUCGGCAGCCUCCAGGGCUCAGUGCCUCCUUCGCGAUCUGCAUCACCGUCUGUACGCGGCCGCGGCGGCACAACUCGGGGGAAGAGGGGCGUCAAAACCCCCGCCUUUACCGGGCGAAGGAGCAAAGAGGAACGAGACGCUAUCGCAAAAGAAUUGGCUGCCCGCGAUCGAGAAAGGACAAAGGAGCAGGUUGCAGCGGAAGCUAGGAAGCAGGCGGACGCAACAAGGGCAGCAAGACGAGAAGCCAGCAAGCUGAAAAACGCUAGAGGUGGAUUCAGUGGUGUUGCCAGUGGACCAUUCUCGUUGGGCAGCUCCAAGGAAGAUAGGAAGAACAACCCAAAUCGCGGAUACUCUGGUUUCGGAUCCGGGUCGGGCUCAAGAGCGGAGCGCGUCAAGAACGAGGACGGCAGCUAUGGAGGGUCUGGUUCCCGGUCGGGUGGAGGUGGCGGAGGUGGAGGCGGAAGUGGAGGUGGUCCAUCUAUCAAGAGAGAAGAUGGCGGCCUCGUAUCGUCUGAUGAAGAAGACGAGGCUGAUGUGCCACGCAAAGACAUCGACUUGAUCGAAAUCUCAUCCGACGAAGACGAAAGCAAACCCAAAAGCGCACCCACCUUACGCGGAGCAAGAACAGCCUUACCCGUUCGCAUUGGCAGGAAAGAACACCAGGAACGGACAUUUGGCAUCAACACAGAAGCAAGCUCAGAGACUGCGGCGAAGAUAUUGGAGCAGGCGGAAGCGAGUGGGCAGUCACUCAAAGAUGCUGCAUCCGAACAAACAAGCCGGAAACCCAAGAACAAACCGAAGGACAUGGAGAUCACAGGUUCGCGGAAACAGUUCAAGGGCGUCUGGCAUGAUUCAGAAGACUCAGAUGUCGUUGUCAAGACUGAACCUACUAGUGAAGACGAGAACAUGGUCGAUGCCGAGCAGGUGGGUCAGUCUGACGCUCCAGCUCAGCCCGCAGAGAAACAGGAACCACAGUCACCGGAUGCCGAACGAAAGCCUAAACUCAGAAAGAAACCUAUAGUAGAGCCAAUCCUCCAAACCGAUGAGGAUCGCGCUGAAUGGGCACGCUUCCAGUCCAAUCUACGUCAUAUCCGAGCCGAGUUAGGUCCAGAAGAAGUACCCCAGGUCGACGGAUCCGGCGAUGUACCUAUGGCAGACGCCGCCAGCACGGAGAAGAAGCCUACGGUACGAGACAACAACGUCUACUUGUUUCAAAUACCACCCCUUAUGCCUGCGGUGGAGCCACCGUCCAUCAAGAAAGAGACCUCCGACCCUCAGCCCGCUCAACCGCCCGUGCAGCCAUCAGUCAAGCCUGAUCCAAAGAUCAAACUCGAAGAGGGCAGCUUCUCCGACCCCUCUGCUAGAUCAAAGGAGGGCGUACGAUUCGGGAGUGGGUUGGUAGGGAAGUUGCGUGUGCAUGAAUCCGGCCGCACGACACUGGACUGGGGCGGCACAAGCUACGAGCUUACACCUGGACAAAAGGCCAGUUUCCUCCAGGAAGUCGCUAGCCUUAGCCUCCGACCUGAAAGCGAGAAGACGGCGCCAGAGGACGGGGGCGAUGCAACAAGUCUUGGUAGAGUGAAGGGAAAGUUCGUGGUGGUGCCAAACUGGGGAGAAAUGUUAGGGUAG